AUGAUGAACCUGGAGUCUGUGGAGAGAGAAGUGUCUGCCACAGAAGCACAGGAAGUCCGUCUCAGACCCAGCUCGGAUCAGACCCAGCUCGGAUCAGACCCAGCUCGGAUCAGACCCAGCUCGGAUCAGACCCAGCUCGGAUCAGACCCAAAAGACACAGGUACAUACGUCUCAGAGUCCUGCAGGAUUUUCAUGUUGAUAGUUUCAGGAAACAGAAAGAAAUCUUCUCCCCCCCUCUCUCCUCCCCCUCUCUCCUCCCCCUCUCUCCUCCCCCCUCUCUCCUCUCCCCUCUCUCCUCUCCCCUCUCUCCUCCCCCCUCUCUCCUCCCCACUCUCUCCUCUCCCCUCUCUCCUCUCCCCUCUCUCCUCCCCCUCUCUCCUCCCCCUCUCUCCUCCCCCCUCUCUCCUCUCCCCUCUCUCCUCUCCCCUCUCUCCUCUCCCCUCUCUCCUCCCCCCUCUCUCCUCCCCACUCUCUCCUCUCCCCUCUCUCCUCUCCCCUCUCUCCUCCCCCCUCUCUCCUCCCCCCUCUCUCCUCCCCCUCUCUCCUCUCCCCUCUUUCCUCCCCCCUCUCUCCUCCCCCCGCUCUCCUCCCCCCUCUCUCCCCCCCCCUCUCUCCUCUCCCCUCUCUCCUCUCCCCUCUCUCCUCUCCCCUCUCUCCUCCCCCCCUCUCUCCCCAUAG